AGCGGUGUGUGGGGAAAUGUCCUGAAACCUUAUUAUUGCACAAAAAGGGAAGAAAUAGAAAAGUGAGGAGAAGAAGAGGCAGUGCAAAGCAGAAACACUCAGCCGAAACCACUGUGGAGAGAAGAGAGCUGGAGUGCGAGACAGAGAGUGUAUGAUUUGUCCUGUGGAGGUAGACACUGACUGACUCAAUCACCAAAUCAGGAUGUUUGUUCUCAUCUGGGCAACUCUGCUCUUCUCUAUGAGAGACACAGGUGCAUCAGUGGGGGGAACAGAAUUCUGUGAUAAUAGAUUCUGUAUCACUCUUAGUGAAGGAGAAAUAAGAGCAGAGGCUGGACUCUGUGUUAUGAUACCGUGUUCUUUCACCACCAGUGAUGACUUUACACCCCAACAUAUAGUUUGGUACAAAUGUGAACCAUCCAAAACAAAAUGUGCUGAUUCAGACAUCAUAUUCCACACUAACAAGAACAACAACAAAACUCAGUCUGGGUUCAAAGGACGAGUGUCACUGUUGGAGCCUGAUGUGAGUUGGAGGAACUGCAGCAUCAUCGUCAAUGACCUCACUGAAUCAGACUCUGGAUCAUAUCAGCUCAGAGUUAAUGGUUACCUGAAUGGGAGGAAAGAUGGAUUUACAUUCUCUCCAAGAACAACUGUCUCUGUUAAAGGUCUGACCCAGAAGCCCACAGUGAUGAUUCCUCCUCUGACAGAGGGACAGCAGAGCACACUGAGCUGCACUGCUCCUGGUCUCUGCUCUGGAUCUGUUCCUGAAAUCAGCUGGACGUGGAGAGGAGCAGGAGAGAAGGACUCUCACAUCACAGGAAACAUCACUGCUUUCAGGACUGAGAAUCUGACUGCUGUCACUCAGAGACACAGCUCAACCCUGACCUUUAACUCUUCAGCUGAACACCACGGCACCGAUGUCAGCUGUAAGGUCAGCUUCACCAACAACAUCACUACAGAGGAGACUGUCACUCUGAAUGUGACCUAUGUAAAGGAAGUUACAGUCACUGGGAAUACAAAUGUGAAGGAGGGUGAGACUCUGAUCCUGAGCUGCAGUGUUGAAAGUUUCCCUCCAUCUCUCAUCAAGUGGUAUACAUCUUCUGACAGAAACAUGCAAAACGGAACAGAAACAAACCUGCAACACGACAUUUUAACUGACCUGCAGAACGAAACUGAGACCUUCCUGCAGGAAAACAACACUUUGGUCAUCUCUAACAUGACAACUACAAAUUCUGGACAGUACAUCUGCAUUGCAAAUCAUCUGAACAACACCCUGGUGAAAAAAGUUGAUGUAACAGUGAUAUAUAAGAGGAAAUGUGUAAUCACUGGGGACACAACUGUUAAGGAGGGAGAUGCUCUGAAUCUGACCUGCAGUGUUGAAAGUUUCCCUCCGUCUCACAUCACAUGGACUGUACUGGGUUCCAACACAAACCUACACAUUGGACCUGAUACUCACCUGCAGAACAACACUGGAUCAGCCACACUCGUCAUCCCUAACGUGACGGCGGAAUAUUCUGGACAGUACAUCUGUACAGCACAACACCUGAACACAACUGUGGCUGCAUAUGCUGACGUAACUGUGACUUGGUUUUCAACAGUCUUAAAAAACUCUGAAUGUGAGGUUCAGUCGGAGGUUCUGACCUGCGUGUGCAUCAGUGAGGGGUUUCCUUUACCCACCAUCACAUGGCCGCUGUUGAAGAACCAUGCUGAGUACUCUGUCAUCACCACAGUGUCACACGACACAGUCAACAGCACCGUCACCCUAACUGUAAAAGACCACAGCAACACUUCUGUUGAGUGUGUCAGCAGCAAUCAUAAUGGAGAAGUAAAAGCAAACCUCAUCAUCCAAUUAAAGAUGUCAGAACAACCGGCUAAAUCCAAAGAGUUAUUAAACAUUGUUUCGUGGCUGGAAGUCAUCAUUGCCUUUUUGAUUGGGUUACUUCUUUCAACGGUCCUUUGCUGUUUGGCAAAAAAAUGCCACAGAAAAAAACAAAAGAGCUUUGGAAAUCUGGAUGAGACUCUAGAGAUGGUGACCAGUCAAGACAAUCCACUGAUAGCUGCUGGUCAAGCAGUGGAAGAUGAUCAGACCUACUACCAAGAGGCAUCUGAAGGAGAAGAAGAAGCUGUGGCCAAAGAGCAAGCAGCCCCUGAUCUCAAUGGUGGACCACAAGAUGUGGAGUACGCCAGCAUUGAUUUCUCCUUGUUGAAAACAAAGAAUCCCAGGACGGCAGCAAAGAACCUAGAGACCACGGAGACAGAGUACGCUGAAAUUAAGAAAGAAGUAAAAGAGGAAAUAGAAGACAAUGGCGGAGAGGAAGGUGAUGUGUUGGAAGGCAAAGAUGAAGAGGCGACGAUCGAGGAUGAUGAGGAGAUAGAACAGUUUGUUCCUGAAGAGGAGGAAGGGGAGGACAUGGCUGUGUACUCUAAUGUGAAGGAUAUUAUGGGUGAGAUUUGAGGACGCUUACAUCAAGUCUCUUUGCUCUCAUCAGUUGUGAUGGAUUGAUCCAAUGGACUGAUGAUGGAUUGUUAUUGUGACAAAUCAAGGUCCUGUAAGCGGUUUCUACAACAGAGGUGUGAUAUUCAAACGACCAAAUUCAGCCUGUGGUAACCGGAAGUGACCAAGACACUUCACUCCUCUACCUGUUAGGGGCUAUGCAAAUUCAUUCAUUCAACUAAGGGUGCACUGAAAGUUAGACAGAAUUUUUAGAAAGUGUUAUUGUGUUAACUUUUCAUCAACUUUACAGAUAGGUUUACCUGCAUCCUCUCAGCUCUGAGAGCUGAAGUGUACUUUAGUUUGUUAGUUAUUAUUUAAUGAAGAUAAUUAUGUGCCUUAAGUGUCCCUGUGGUCAGUCCAAAUCCCUUCUGAAUGGCCCGCACUUCUCUGCCUAGUGCAGAGGUGUCUCUUUUUUAGCAUAGCUCAAGAGAUGGUAACGUUGGUCUUGUCUGCUUGGCAGUGGGUCGGACCACGUGGUUUAGACUGAAAUAUCACAACAACUAUUGGAUGGAUUGCCUUGACAUCUGACAUCAUGAGUGUCUACAGUAAAGAAACUCAAAGGAUAUAUUGACAUUUUUUCAAGUCUAUCUCUAUAUAGUACUCACAUGCACAUAUGUAUAUUGAAAGAGUUAGAUCCCCUCAUAAAGCAAUUCCAAUGUGAAAGAAGGAAAAAAUCUACAGCCCAAAAUGCAUUCCAAAUAUCAACCAAAGCUAAUUUGAGGCUUUAGUAGAACUGAGUUAGACAAAUAAAGUGUGUAUCUUCUUAAUUGCAGACAUUUUGAUCUAGAUAUGGGGAUGUAAGUAUUGUUUCAAGACAGACUCAAAAAAAUAUGGUCUCCUUAAAACUGGAGUGACAUUGUGCAUAUUUUUAUGUAAAACUUUAAGGAUUGUUAAAUUACAAAUUACAGGUCGGUAUGCCGUCUUUAGUUUUUUAUUUAAUCUGCUUUUUUAAACCAAUAAAACGCUUGGCCUGAUUUGUCUCUA